AUGACACCCCGAUCAACAGAUGGCUUCAUCUGGACCAACGAUGGCUCGUCCAUCGAAGGCCUGCAUACGGAAGCGGCGACGUCUAGCUCCUCAUGCGUACGCAAGCUAUAUGAUGUAGUCGUCAUUGGAGCGGGAUUUGCUGGACUGAUUGCAGCACGCGAGCUCUCAGCACAGCGAAGUCGAUCUGUGCUGCUCAUUGAAGCGCGCGAUCGCAUCGGCGGUCGAACUUGGACUGCGAAUGAGCUCGGCGAGGAGAUCGAAAUGGGGGGAACCUGGGUUCACUGGAGUCAGCCGCAUGUGUACAGCGAGCUCAUCCGCUAUGGAUUGCAAAAGAAUUUGAAGCCCACCGUCGCAAUGAUGGCUCCUGAAGUCAGCUAUCAUAGCUACUUCGAACGGCCAGAGAGAGUCGACUCGAUAGAAACGUUCAAUAGCACGGAUCGCGUCGCCCAGGAAUUUCUUUCACCAGACGGUCAAACGAGCCGCACCUUGAUGCCUUACCCCCUGGACCCUCAGCGCGAGCCCAGAUUGUGGGCAAAAUAUGACCACUUGACAAUGGCCCAGAGACUGGACCAGAUAGAUGUGCCGAAGCAGGAUAGAGACCUGUUCGAAACGUUCCUGGGUCUAUGUGGUCUGGGCAAGCCGGCAGACAUCGGAUUCACCGAAGUCCUCCGCUGGUAUGCACUGGCAGGCCAUAGUAUGGCGGGCAUGUACGAACAAGCCAGCGUGUACAAGCUCGGCAAGGGCGGCACGACGUCUUUUGCCAAAGCCCUUUUGAAUGAUGUUCGCGCGGACCGUCUAUUCAAUACGGCUGUGGCCGAAAUCUCGCAGGCAGGUGGCCGGGUUCACAUUCGAACGACCGACAGCAAGCAGCUUACCGCCCGCACCGUGGUCUGCACGAUUCCUCUAAAUUGUCUCGGGGACCUCCGACUUUUCCCACCGCUCCCCGGGGUGCGCGCACAAUCAGUCAAGUUCGCCCACCACAACAUGGGCGCAAAGCUCCACUUCAAACUUGAAGAGAUUCAGCCCCUCUGGCUCUCGACUGUCAGUACCACGAGCCGGAGUCCUUAUCUGCUGGCUUUCGCGGACCACAAUGGUACCAAGACCUCAGGGAAAGACGAAACCUAUGUCGUUGCCGCCACCAAGAAUGACUCGGUACCCAACACUAAAGAUGCCCAAGCGGUCGUGUCCGAGUUCGAGAAGUGCUUCAAGCCCGGUUGCAAGGUUACGGCUUAUGUGUCUCACGAUUGGGUCGCCGAUCCUUACUCAAAGGGUCUGUGGAGCUCAUAUAGAAGCGAGGGGAUGUCUAAGCACUUGACAGCACUCCAGCAGCCCCAUGGACUGAUCUUCUUUGCAAGUUCGGACUGGGCAGACGGCUGGAGAGGCUUCAUUGAUGGCGCGUUGGAGAGCGGCAAGAAGGCCGCAAGAUCAGCCGCUGCUCUUCUUGACGAAACCAACCCAAGGGCGAAUAUCUGA